UAUGAGAAACGACGUUUAGAAAUAAAACAUUUCACUCGGUUGUUGUCAUUUAGAGUAAGACGAGUUCUUAUAUUUCAGUAUCACAUCUUCAAAAUGAAAAGAGCCUAUCAGAUUCUUUCUCUUGUUUCAGGUUUCAUUCUGUGCUGCGCGUGGAACAACCUAAACUGUCCAGCUCCUAGAGCACCAGACAAUGGAUUGAAUUUUAUAUUUCGCAAUGGGGAAGUAAUUCACUUCCGUUGUCAUCCUGGCUAUAUAAUGUAUGGUAAAUCAGUGGCUCACUGCGUCAACAAUCAAUGGACACAUUCGGCUCCUUUAUGUUUUCCAAUUAAAAGAAGUAAUUCUAACAAUGUACCCAAUAUACCAGGUGAUAGAAAUCAGACUGGGCUGUUCAAUUGGGGAGGACAUGAAGAUGGAGCAAGACGUUUACCUUUAAUAAAUGGAAUUGGAGUACCAAACACGCCUGUAAUGGUAAAGGAAGAAAUAGAUAUUGCCGAAUUGCGACACAAACAAUUACAAGAGUUGCGCCGAAAGCAAGGAAGAAAGAAGAAUUUAGAAAAGAAGAAGAAUUUGGGAAAGAGGAAGAAUAUAGGAAAGAAGGAGAGGUCCGGAAAGAAGAAGAAAGUGAUAUCUGAAUUCAAGCGAAAACCAAUUGAAGAAGUAGGAUUCGAUGCAUCCUGUGUGGAAAAUGCUUAUGGAAGAUUAUUACCUAAAAUUGCACCUUCUAUUCCACAUGCCUUUGUUUAUGCAUAUGAAACAAAGAAAAAUAAAAACUAUCCUUUCAAUACUUACAUGGAAGUGAAAUACAGAUGUCUAGCUGGUUAUCGGUUUGCUCGAACACAAACUUUAUUUUGCAGGAAUAACUCAUGGAUUGGACAAAAACCGAGAUGCAUCACGAGUUAAGAAAUAUGCAAAUACUUUUUUUACUAACAUGAAAGUAAAUUUUAUAGACAAAUAAACUUGGUGGCUUUGAUGAAGUAUAUUUUUCAAGCAGGUUGUAUUGUUGUAACUAGCAUAACUAUUGUUUCAAUAUUGUUACAAGAUUUGUCUUCCUUUGUUAUACUUUAUUUUAAAAUAUUCAUAACUAAAAAUGUGAAAAACGAUUAGUUUUUUCAAAUUUCAUUGUGAAAAUAACUUUUGAAUAUGGUAAGAAACUUUGCAUUUCAAAUUUAAUUGUCAGUGUAUUAUUUACUUGAUUGCUGCUUAAAUAACGCUUUGUAAAAACUAUCAAAACCUCUGUGUUGUUCACGUUCUAUUUUUUCUAAUAAAUAGAAAAACUGGUCCAUAUCCACCAA